AUGAAAGUUGAGUUAGCUACACAACUUCUUAGUCAAUCGGUGGCAGACGUUUUAAAAUUUUGCAAAAACAACUUGCAUUUGAAAGAAUUUUGUGAAGCUGAUCCAACUAUUAACUUAAAAUUAAAAGAAGUUAAUAAUGAGUUUAUUCCGGUCUUAGAAUCUUCUAGAAAAACAGGCUUUUUAGGAUUUAUCAUGGGUUUUAAAUCUUUGUUACGUGUUGACAAAGAUUCGUUUUUGAAUUCUUCAACAACCUUAAAGAAUAGAGGUGGUAACAGAGGGGGACUUGCUUAUCCAAAUGAUGAUAUAAUACUUAUUUGUUUGGAUACUGAAAAAAUACUUAGAAGUGAAAACUACCAAAAUAAAGCAAUGAACACUCUUACUAAAGGCUUUAAUAAUUGGAAAAAAGCGGUGGAAAGGUUUAAUAUGCAUGAACGUUCAGAAUUGCACAAAACAAAUAUUGUUAAAAGUUCUUUUAUUAAAACAAAUGCUAAUGUAUAUGCUCAAAUUUCGGAUAGUCAUAAAAAAUCUAUGGAAGAAUCAAGAUUUGCUUUUGAUAAAAUAUUAUCUUCAAUAGUGUUUUUGGCAAAACAAGGCGUAGCAAUAAGAGGGCAUACUGAUGAAUCUGCAAAUUUCAAUCAGUUAUUAAAACUUCGAUCGGAAGAUUCGACUGAAUUAAAAAACUGUGAUAUUACAGUAAAAGAACAAAUUUCAUUUUGUUUAAGAACAGUGGACAAAGAAUCAUUUGAAAUUGAAGAAUAUUUUAUAGGAUUUUAUGAAACACCUAAAACUGAUUCUAAUACUCUUUUCAAUAUUUUAAAAGAUAUUCUAUGUAGAUUAGAGUUGAAUAUUCAUAAUGUUAGAGGACAAUGUUUUGAUGGUGCUAGCAAUGUUUCUGGAAUUCACAAAGGAUUACAAGCUAGAACUAAAGAAAUUGAACCUAGAGCAUUGUUUGUUCACUGUCAAGCUCAUUCUUUAAAUCUUGUUACCCAAGAUAGUAUGCAAAAUGUAGAAAAAGCUAGAGAUAUACUAAAUUUUAUAAGAGAAUUAAUUACAUUUAUCAAACAAUCACCCAAGAGGCUAUCUUGGUUUAAAAUGUUACAAACAGAAGAGAACGUGACUGCUCUAAGACCGUUUUGUCCAACUAGGUGGACGUUACGAUAUUCUAGUUUAUUAUCUGUUAUGGAUAACUAUAAUGAACUAUUGACAUUUUUAUCGGAUUUUUCAAAAACUGAAAAGAACGAUGCAGGAUGUAAAGCAAAAGGAUUUUUAAAACAAUUAAAAUCUUCAGAUACUUACAUAAUGCUUAAAAUAGUAAUUAAUACUAUUUCAAGUAUGAGAGAUACAUUCAAUAUUUUAUGGAAAUCUACAAAAAACGAAUGGUCAGAUUUAAAACUAGAUCUACCAAAAGAAUCUAGAAAACGAAAAAUGCCUCUUAAAUAUGAUGACAGUACAUCCCAGUCCUUUUUAUUUACACCUGAAAGUAAAUAUAAUAAAAUAUAUAAAGAAAUUAUUGAUCAUAUACUAUCUGGUUUACAAUUAAGAUUUAAUUCUGAAGUUCGAAUGUUUUUAAGUGAUGUUGAAAUGUUUUUUAUUGAUCCAAGUAUAUCACCACAAUUAAUUUGCGAAUUUUAUAAAGAUGAUUUAAAUAUUGAUAAACUAAAAUUGCACAGAGAUAUGUUUCAUGAUAUAAUUAGAAGCCAAGGCUUAAAUGUAUCAUCAUUUUCAGAUGUUUUAAAUAUUACUAAAGAUAAACCACACUUGGUCAUUCAUUUAACCGAGCUAAAAAAAUGCAUACAAUUGAUAUUGACAGUACCAGUCACAACGUGUACUACUGAAAGAUCUUUUUCUAUGUUAAGAAGAUUGAAAAAUUAUAUGAGAAGAAUAUUAAAAAAGAAUUACGGAACAAUCAGAUAA